GCCUCUUCCAUUGGCCUAAAGUUACCAUGCUACGUAUGCUCUCAAUGUCCGUGCAGUAAAAAAAAAAGUGAGAAACAUUUCUAAACAAUGUCAAGCUUAAUUUGUUCAAGUAUUCAAUUGGUAGUUUUCUUUUGCUUUCUUGAGACCUGUGUACAUUCAACGAUGAUGUCAGCGCUCAUUCAAAAAACGAUGCGAACUGAUUUGGUGAUUCUGAAUUCAAUACUGCUCAAUGCUUUUAGUCACGUGGACUGCGCCAGGAAGUGUCUGUCCCUGAAUUGUUAUUGCUAUUUUCUUGACGAUGAACAAAAAACCUGUGAAAUUGGCAAGUGUAGCAUUGACCAUGUGAAUGUAGUCCCAAAGAAAGAUAUUUACAUUCCUUGUGAGUUUGACAAAGGUUUUCAAUUCAUCACAAUUGGAGGUGCAAGAGAAUGUCUUUCAGUGUCCACAAAGAUAUCUGAUUACAUCACGGCCAGGGAUGACUGUAGAAGCAAAUCCUCUCAUCUCUACACCAUACAUGACUUGUCAAAGCUCACCUGGUUGCAAAGUACAUUUGGUAACACUCACAUCUGGGUGGGACUCAAUGAUAUCGAUGUGGAGAAUACUUUUAGAUGGGAAGACGACAACUCUGUGAUAAGUGGUUACCUCCAAAAUGCCACAUUCUAUCCAGGCAAGCUGACCUGUUACAAAGCUUAUAUUAACUAA